AUUCGCUUGAUGAAAAAGAAAAAGAAAAAACAAAAUAUCCAAAGCCUUCCCAUCUUUUGAACCUUCUUCUUCGUCUAUCAAUAGAAAGCUCAAUUCAAUUUGCCGUAACAUCUUCUUUUCAGAUCAGUAAGAGCUCCAACUCGAUUUCUUAUCAUCCACCAUGGCCUCACAAGCUAGUCUUCUUCUUCAGAAACAACUCAAAGAUCUUUGUAAGCAUCCCGUUGAUGGAUUCUCUGCUGGUUUGGUGGAUGAUAAGAAUAUAUUUGAAUGGAGCGUAACAAUUAUCGGACCUCCUGAUACUCUGUAUGAAGGAGGAUUUUUCAACGCCAUUAUGUCUUUCCCACCAAACUAUCCCAAUAGCCCACCCACUGUCCGGUUUACUUCAGAUGUAUGGCAUCCUAAUGUAUUUCCUGAUGGUCGCGUUUGCAUAUCUAUUCUACAUCCUCCUGGUGAUGACCCCAGUGGAUAUGAGCUUUCAAGCGAGCGUUGGAUGCCUGUUCACACAGUUGAGAGUAUCAUGUUGAGUAUUAUAUCAAUGCUUUCUGGUCCCAACGAUGAAUCUCCAGCAAACGUUGAAGCCGCUAAAGAGUGGAGAGAGAAGCGUGACGAAUUCAAGAAGAAAGUGAGCCGUUGUGUCAGAAAGUCUCAAGAAAUGUUUUGAUCAAAGUUUCAUUUGAAAAAAAAAAACUUGUCCAAACACUCUACUUGUAAUAAACCCGUCUUGCAUCUUUUAUAUCUCGUUUUCAGGCGUGAAUGAAGUGCUUGGUCGAAAAAAAAUGUGUUGUCAUGACAUAAAAUUUAUACUUUUUUUUUACGACAUAAAACUUAUACUAUUAUUAUUCAAAAGUUUU